UCACAGGAAGUCAUCUCAUACUUUUUCUGGCUGACUUGAAACUGGAGGCGCAUCUUUUAUUUCAAGCAAAGGAAGCCGGGGCUGCAGAGGACCAUGUGGAAUAUUUUCCUCCAGGCAACCUGACUCUCCAGACACAAGGAUGUCCUGGCCGGCUCUGUACGCACAGCUAGUCGGGGCAAACCGUCACUCCACCAGUUUGGGCAAAGUCUGGCUCUCGGUGCUGUUUAUUUUCCGCGUCAUGGUGCUGGUUGUUGCUGCUGAGAGCGUCUGGGGGGACGAGCAGUCUGACUUCACCUGUAACACACUACAGCCCGGCUGUGAAAACGUCUGCUAUGAUCAGUUCUUCCCCGUCUCCCACAUCCGUCUCUGGUGUCUUCAGCUCGUCUUUGUCUCCACACCGACCCUCCUCGUUGCAGUGUACGUGGCCUAUCGGAACCACAGCGAUAAGAAGAGGCUCCUACAGGGUUCUGGUAGAUCUGGUUUUCUCAGCAACAAAGGCCAGGAGGAAGAGUUGGAGAACCUGAAGAAACGGAGGCUCCCACUAGCUGGCGCCCUCUGGUGGACGUACGCCUGCAGUCUGGUGUUCAGGCUGCUGUUUGAAGGAGGCUUCAUGUAUGCCCUCUACGUGGUGUACGAUGGUUUCCAGAUGCCACGGCUGGUGCAGUGCGACCAGUGGCCGUGUCCUAACCUGGUGGACUGUUUCAUCUCACGCCCCACCGAGAAAACCAUCUUCACUGUUUUCAUGGCCACUGCCUCUUCUAUCUGCAUGGUCCUUAACAUGGCUGAACUUGCAUAUCUUGUUGCCAAGGCUGUCACUAGGAGUCUCUGUGGUCAGAAGGAGAGGAAAUCCAGCAGAGAGCGGAUGCACAAUAAGACAAACCAGAAGUUUAUAGUCUCAACCUGAGGAAGCAGCUGAAAAAGGUGGAUGAUACAUGCAGAAGAAGGACUUUCCAAAGACUUGAAACACUUUUAAAGCUGCAUAAUUACAAGUUGUACCCGUGAAUGCGUGCGUAAAUACAACAUUUUCUAUGAUACCCGAGGUGUUAUAACGUACCAGUGGGUGGAGAGGAUGGAGUCAGUGUCAGCAACUCUGUAUUUUUACAUGUUAUGUAAUGUAAUGUUUUGAGUUUUGAGUAUAACUUUUGUAUAUUUUAAUGUAACAGGCCAAAACAGCCAGAGUAUAACCAUGCUGAGUAGGAUCUUGAGCCAUCUAUUGGGCAACAAACAUGAGGGAGGACAGAAAUAUGAGGACUCACUAGCAGCUACACACAUGCACACAGUCAGAUUGUUUCUGUUUUUCAUGGAUUCAUUGAAUAACAGUUCAUUGAAUAUAAAUACACUCACCGUUCUCACUUUAUGUCCACAAAUAAAGUUUCAUCUUCAUCUUAA